CAAGGUGGGAGAAAAAAAAGUGAGUCAGCUCUGAAUAGGAGACAAAGAUCAGCUCAGAGAAGACGGGCCUACAUGAGUAACCGCAGAGCGAGAAGACGGAGCAAAGCGAAUCCAACGAGCCAGCGAUUCUCUUGAAAACCUCGAGCCGGGCACAAGCAUCAUGUCCUCCGAGGCGUACAUCCAGUACCGCGGCAUUCUCCUACCUCUUCUGGCUCACAGCAGGGAGAGCUUGGAGUAUGCCGAAAAGUUCUCUGUGGAGGACUCCGACGUGUUUGCUGUGACCUACCCCAAGUCAGGUACUAUCUGGAUGCAGGAGAUCCUCCCACUGGUUCUGAAUGGGGGGGAUCCGACGCCGGUCCAAACCAUUCCAAACUGGGACAGGGUCCCGUGGCUGGAGGAAAAACGAUUAGCACUGGUUGUGGAUAAGAUGGAGUCUCCACGGGGGCUGGUCACACAUUUCCCUUAUUACCUCAUGCCUCCUUCCUUCCACACCUCCAAAGCCAAGGUGAUCUACGUCAUGAGGAACCCUAAGGACAUCGUGGUGUCUUCAUACUACUUCCAUAAGAUGGCCGAAUUCCUCGACAAACCGGGGACUUUCGAUGAAUUCAUGGAGAAAUUCUUGGAGGGCAAAGUGCUGUUUGGAAAGUGGACAGACCAUGUGAAGAGCUGGAGGAGCACCGAUCUGGGAGACAGAAUAAUGUACAUCACAUAUGAAGAAAUGGUUCAGGACCUCCCCGCAGCGCUCAGGCGUAUUUCAGACUUUCUGGGCCGUAAUCUAAGUGAAGAAGCCAUUCAGAAGAUUGCAGAACAUUGCUCCUUCGCGACCAUGAAGAGGAACAGCAUGUCCAACUUCAGCCUGGUACCUAAGGUGUACAUGAACUCCGACACGUCUCCAUUCCUCAGAAAAGGUAUUGUGGGAGACUGGAAAAACCAUUUCAGCCCUGAGCAACUGGCUAGAUUCUCAUCGGUCAUUCGCAAAGAGCUGGAGGGAGAGAACUUCUCUCUGCCGUGGAGCCUGGAUUGAUCAUCAGUUGAAGUAAAGAAAGAGGGCAGAAGAGCUGUAGAAGUAAUAAAGUCAAGACAAAUAGGUAAAGUGUGCCAAGCGGCACCAAAAGUCUCAGUUACACGUCAUUUUAAUAUUAGCGAUGUGACUAAGGGCCCUCUAUUGAUUUUGAAAACACUAACCAUGAUUCCAACUAGAGAAGUGCACUAAAUAGACGGAACCAUUGUUGCAUUUGAUUAAAUUAAUAACAACAAUUGUCCAACCUGUGCAAGCAAAACUGAAAAGGAAAAGUUCCUAAUCUUCCUCCACUAGGGACUCUUCUUUCUUUUUUGUUUUUAAUUGUUUGUUUUUUCUUUAAAAUCUUUUUUCCUUCCUAAAGCUUAAUAUGCAAUGAAAUUGUAUAAUUGUGUUAUAGUGUACUUCCUGAUUGUAUGUUUUUUUCUAUAUUAAUACUUGCCGUGCCCCUUUCUGUGUUGUCCCACAGUAGCCCUCGGCUGUAUGACUCACAGUAGGCCAAUUUAAGGUGGUUCAUAAAAGCAAGUCAGCAGAGGAAUGUGAGCGGAGACGAGAUGACUCAUUUACACACCAUUCAUUUUCAUUUUUCAACAUAAGCGGAUAUAAUAGAUUAUUCUGACACUAACCUUUCAUCUUGUGAGGCGAGGGCCUGAAAAGAAAUACAUACCAACAAUAAAAGUUCUGAAGUUGUCAGUGCACAGUUUAGGGCAUUUAUUUAAUACGUUUUACUCUCUGAUGUGAAGGUUUUUUAAGGCUCUUUCCUCAUAAAAUGAGAGUUAAUUAUAAAUAGUGUUUUGUAAUUUUACAAUUUUUUUUGUUAAAAUUUCAUUGGAGACGUUUCAUAUUUUGAAUAAAUUAACGAAUAAAUAUCAGCUAAUUGCAUCAUUUUUUUCCCCCCUCCAUCUUCAAUCUUUAAUGCUUUACAUGUACACAUUUUAUUAUGACAGUCUGAACACACGUGCGCCGUCCUCACUGUUUACCUUCUUUUACUCUCAGUCGGCAUCCAAAGCUGGCUUACAAAAAAGAGUUCUUAAAGGGCUCAAAAUGUCUGCCUGAGAGCCCUCAAACAGUCAGCAAUUUGACAACGGGACAUUCCUAAACCCUCACAGAGUUAACACCUCUGUGAGCGCCUCACGUGUGCAUUGGAAUCGGGCGAAUUCUUUGGAACGUAAUUGUUUGGUUGUCCUGCCUGUCCAGCUGGUAACUCUCGGAAACUCUGUUAGAUAAAACCUUGAAUAUACAUGUUUGAACGUGUAUCAACGAGAGACAUUGUUUAGUAUUAUUGAGAUAGGUAAUUAUUAUUAUUAUGUUCUGUUUCCACGACAGUAAAGCCAGACAGAUGUUGCUGCAGAUCUCUCACUGAGUCUAAACACACCCGAGUCAACCAAUAGAUGGCAGACACACAUCACUGUUUGUGUUCACUCCUCGGGGCAAAGUGCUCACAGAAUACAAAUACAAUCACCCAUGGAAACAUAAGGAAAACUACAUGGCCUGACGGACACACAAAUACAAACACUCACAGGUCAUAAUAGUAAAACAUUAUAUAGAGUCUGUGUAUAUUCACAGGGACCUUAGAGUUUAGUGACUGAUGCUGCUAUUAAAACAUUUUUAUUGACACAUUUAAAUUUGAAAAUGUCCUACUGGAAUCCUUUAUGAGUACAUCUCCAGUUGUUUAGACAAAGCACUUCAGACGGGAAAACAACACUACAAGAGGACAAGUAUGUUUGUCAUUGAUCUCGGUCUGGCAGCUAUACAGAAUAUAUUAACGUUACAAUCCCCAUUGUGACCACCCAGAUUCAUUUCUGAACUUUUAAUUCCUGCUGACUGAAAUACUUUGUGCAGGUUUUUCUACUUUUACCUUUAGCCCUAUGUUUUUUCUUUUUGGAAAACUAUGACUAAUACAGAAAAGUAAAAUCCAUCCAUUUCACUCCAGCCAUCCAUUAUAAAUGCACUCAACCUCAGACAUUUCUCUUUACACUAUCUGUAAGUACAACUUAAUCUGUGAGGACUAUCUGGAACUACAAUUUACAACUUACAGUUUUUGUCUGAUAAGCCAAGCAAGGCUGAACGUUAGUCCUAUUAAUAAUAAGCAAUAGUCUCGAUGUAAUCGAUGCUGUAAACCUGUUUUGGCCUGUUUUUUUGUGCAUUUUGUGGUUUGUGUUUAUUAUGUCCUCUCUUUUCUUAAGCACAUAGUGACUUGUAUCCGUGACAAUUGAUAUGUAAAUACCCUUUACUUACUUACAUUUCAGCUCAGAUAGAUUUAACAAACCAUAUGAAGUGACUUAUUUUUCCCUUUCAAUUGUACACAACCCUGUAAAUGUAACAUUACAUCUCGCUGUUAAAUUGGUUAAUAGAAUAUCUCCCCUGAGUGUGUGUUUGUGUGUCCCUCCCAUCUAUCCAUCUCUCCCUCCCCUGAGUUCUGACACCACCUCAAUUACAUGGUGGCCUUUUGUGCCUUGGGCAGGGUGUGUGCGUCUAAGUGUAUCUCUUGAGGCAGACGGUGUGGUGCCUGCCGCAGGACACCCACCUCGCCGCCGCCGUGGGCCCACUGGUUGGUCCUGCCCUGGGCUGCCCACAGGAUGCCGGCCUGCUUUGAUGCCCUCUUCUCGUCAACAUGCUGUAGACACACACACUCUCACAAGAAAGCCAAUAACUCCUUAGAAGAUGCUGUAAUCUUUGUAAAGUCUGUGACAGCCAGUCUGCCAAGUCUUCAUAAGUCUGUUGACUUCCUCCGCCUGGAGAAAUGCCAUUUAUCCGCCUGAGUCCAGGGCAGUGUAAACGGUUUUAAUCUGUUGCGGUGCGGCCAAUACAGACGAGUAGCGCCAGAGGGAGGGAGACAAGGAAGGAGAAAGAGAGAAAGAUAAGAGUGUUUUGUUUUUCAGGAACUCUAUAUGUGACCUUUCUUGGGAAACCUGUGACCUGACCUUGUCCACGGUGGCAUCGUGUUUUCGCAGCUGGAAUCCAUUUCGUGCCUUUAUCGAUUUGUCAGUCAAAACAUGGUUGCCUGGUUCACAUUGAGGGAGGGUCACAUCAUGUUUCCUUCUGGGUCUUCCAAAGUGUAUAAAAGCUCAUGUUCGCCCCAAAAAUCUUUGUCAGAUCUUCCUGCUCCUCUGAAGGAGAGGGAACAAUCUGCCCCUUUUCCGCUGAAUUGAAUCAUUUGACUUCUGUCUGUAUUUACGGCUUGUGUUGAUGAUUUCUGUACUCUUUAUGAUUUUUCCUCUAUUCUAGUUAGCAAUAAAUACUUAAUCACAAAGCGAGUUCAAUAUACUUUUGAUUUCUCUCUCAAGGGCUUAAUCCACAAAUUUCCACCACAAAGAGAAUAUAAGGUUUCGAUGUGCUGAGAUGGACAGAUUUGGUGAAAAGCUCAAAUCCGAUCAUAGUCAGCUGUAAGAGGCACAAAAAAGGCAAAGUUACCAAAAACAUAACGAGGCAUAUCUGUCCCUCGGCUUUACAAGCACCAAGUUGCACCAGAUUUGCAGACCACUGCCCUGAACGGAACAUUCGCAUUGCUAAAUCGCCUGAGUACGACGUCCCUGUUAUUUACACAGCGUCCUCAGCCAGCGCUGCACACGUCCAUAUCGCCCCAUGUAGACGUCUGCAGAUGUUACCAGCGAUGCGCACACGUCUAAACAUCCUCUCCUCACUUUUUGAAUGAUACAAUAAAGUCAUUAAGCAUA